UCCUCACCCACGGGGGCCGCGCUCACUGAGACUGAGGCAGGAGGAGGCCGCGCCCAUGGGGUCUCAGCAACCGCCGCUGGCUGCCCUGUACCUGCUGGGGGUGCUGGUCACUUCCUGCCUCGGAGGGCUCAACUGGGAGGACCCAGGGUUCCAGGUGAGGCUGGGAGCCUCCAACUCACAGUGCCAGGGCCAGCUGGAGGUGGAAGUCAUGGACACGUGGCGCACGGUGCACAGCCAGAGCUGGGGCCGCAGCUGGGGCCGCAGCAGGAUCCAGAGCCAGUUCCACUGGGAGGACCUCCAGCAGGCCUCGAAGCUCUGCCGGAAGCUACUCUGUGAGGAGGCUUUAGUUCUGGCCCACAUCCCUUCUUUCAACAAACCCAACAGACAGAUCACCUGCGUGGGACGGCUGGGAUCUUUCUCCAACUGCAGCGAAGCAAACCAGAGGGAACCUCUGGGCCUGAUCUGCUCGGAGCCACGGAAGACGACACCUCGGCCCACGAGCCCCCCGCCCACAACCACCCCGGAGCCCACAGCUCCUCCCAGGGUGCAGCUGGUGGCAGGGCCCGGGGGCCUGCGGUGUGCGGGCGUGGUGGAGUUCUAUAGUGGCAGCCUGGGUGGCACCAUUGGCUAUGAGGCCCAGGACAAGAUCCAGGGCCUGGGGACCCGCAUCUGUGACGCCCUCCAGUGUGGAUCCUUCCUAAAGCAUCUGCCGGAAGUGGAAGUAGCCACGACACAAGACCCGGGGGAGAGCAGACCCUUGCCAAUUCGUUGGGAGAUCCAGAAUGCGAGCUGUGCCUCCCUGGAGGGGUGCUUCAGAAAAGUCCAGCCCCGGAUGGGCGGCCAGGCUCUCGCCCUCGUCUGUUCUGAGUUCCAGCCCAAGGUGCAGAGCCGCCUGGUGGGGGGCAGCAGCCUAUGCGAAGGCUCCGUGGAGGUCCGCCAGGGCAAGCAGUGGAAGGCCCUGUGCGACAUCCCCUCACCCAAGGGUGCAGUGCGGUGGGAGGAGGUGUGCCAGGAGCAGCAGUGCGGCAAGGUCAACUCCUACGUGCACGAGGCCCCCGAGAAGACCUCCCAGGGGUUCUUCUGUUCCCAGGAGAAGCUGUCCCAGUGCCACCAGCUUCAGGAGAAAAACAGCUACUGCAGGAGAGUGUUUGUCUCAUGCCAGGAUCCAAACCCAGCGGGCCUGGCCGCAGGCACUGUGAUAAGCAUCAUCCUGGCCCUGGUGCUCCUGGCGGUGCUGCUGGUCGUGUGCGGCCCUCUCAUCUACAAGAAGCUGGUGAAGAGAUUCCGCCAGAAGAAGCAGCGCCAAUGGAUUGGCCCCACGGGAAUGAACCAGAACAUGUCUUUCCAUCGCAACCACACGGCGACCGUCCGGUCCCAGGUUGAGAACCGGCCAGCCUCACACGUGGAGAACGAAUACAGCCAGCCUCCCAGGAACUCCCACAUCUCGGCUUAUCCAGCUCUGGAAGGGGCCCUGCAUCGCGUUUCCACCCAGCCUGAUAACUCCUCUGAUAGCGACUAUGAUCUGCACGGGGCUCAGAGGCUGUAAGAGAUCCGGGAACCAGGGACGGAACAUCAAGGCCAGAUCUUUGAUCCUGACAAUACUCUGUGUCCGUUGCUUGGAAAUGAUGUCCUGAUUCCUGCCCCAGCCAGAACGUGCACAGAGGCGAGAUGCCCUUCAAAUGUGUCCUCCUGCUCAGCAUCACAGCCAGCUCUGCCGUCUCCCCGCUGGCGCCUGGCCCAGGUGAAGACGCCCAGCAUAGCUCGGCAGCCUCUCCGAGGGUGGCAGCUGUGAAGGAGCAGAGCCCACAAACAAGGAGCCCUCCCAAGCUGAGACCUGUGGGGGCCAGCCCCCGCCAGCCCCUCCCCUGUCUGUGGGAAGCAGCAGCCAAGUGGAAUCGGCUCUCAAUUCAGACUCUGACCCUAGUGAGGACAGACAAGGAAGCUGACCCCUGGGGUUGGGGGGUGGGGGGUAUUUCUCUAGUGUAUUUUUUAUAUGUUCUUUGUAAAUAAUGCUUUUUCUCCUUCCUGAGGGCUAGAGUGGCUGGCCUCCUCAAUCCAGGGUCCACCUGCUGGAUCCCUCUGGAGAUGCUCACAGGAGGGGGUGCCUGCGGGAGCCACUCUGCAGCCGUGUGGUGAGAGGGCUGCACAUCUGACACAGAGACAGCUUAGCACAUCACAGCAGCUGCCAGCAAAGGGCCGUGUGGGUGCCCAGGAUUCAGUUGGCUGCCUCACUCAGAGCCCCAUCACCUCCCCUCCAUCCUUUGACCCCCCACAGCCCCUCAAUGAAAGAUAGCUUCAUACCAGAGAGCAGGGGCUGCUGGCUGUCAAGCCCAAGGGCACCGGUGCCACCCCAGGGCCCUGCACAAAGAGCGUGUCUAGUGAAUCCCAGCCCAUUUGCGUUUUUGUUUCGCACAGCUGU